AGUUCUGGCUAUUGCGCGUACUUCCUGUUCGAGCUAUUUGUGCCCUGAUUAAUGGCCAUUCUGACGUAGGGAUAUUCUGACGUCGAAAGUCGAUGGGAUGUUUCGUGAAGGUGCGGGGUAUAUAACGAGUCUGAGCAGCUGCUUAAUUCUAUUCCCUUUCUAGCAACUUUUACAUUUCUCUCUCAAGAAUCAUUCUAUAUCUUAAGAAAUACCUCGUUUAUUAAAGUCAGCAAUCAGAUCAGUCAAUCAACAUGAGCAAUCUACUCAAGAAAGUUGAAGGCAAGGCCGAACAGUACCUUGAGAAGAAGCAGGGGAACCAGAACAGCAACACUGGAAAUUCGUAUGGUCAACAACAAGGUCAAGGAUUAGGCGGCCAACAGCAAGGCGGCUCUAACUUUGGAGGCCAGUCACAGGGCGGGUUUGGAGGACAAUCCCAAGGUGGUGAAUUCGGAGGUCAAUCUCAAGGAGGUCUUGGCGGACAGUCACAGAGUGGUGAAUUUGGAGGACAGUCCCAAGGUGGAUUUGGAGGACAGCAGGGUGGUGAUUUCGGAGGACAACAAGGCGGUGAUUUUGGCGGACAACAGGGAGGAGGAUUUUCGGACCAGAGCGGAAUGGGUCCAGGUGGUGGACAGGGAGGAGGAUUUGAUGAUCAACAACAAGGCGGAGGAUUUGGAGGUCAAGGUGGGCAGGGCGGCGGAAAUUUUUAAAUCUCAAGGA